GGUGGGGACAUCAUUCAAGCUGGUGUUUUAAGGCCAGAGGGAGGCUCCCAGUUCAUUAGAGCUGUGUUUCGAGGGCUGGAGUAAGAGAGGGGUACUACGUCUUGUGGUGACAGCAAGCUGUGGUGAAAAGUCCCCAGAAGAUUCACAGAGUUUCGGGGAAAGGGCCAAAAGUUAGUGGAGAGGUUGAGCUCAGAGAAACCAGAGGGAGAGUCCUUGGAAGAUGGCACCUGCCAGUUUGGUUUUUGCCUGGUUACUGUUCACCAUGAGGAUGGUCACCUCGGCAGUGUAUCUGGAGCCUGAGGAGGAGGAGCUCAAUGAAACUGUCAUUUGUACCAACGACCAUAUGGAGGUUGUUAUUCCCAGUUCUUUUUUCCUCAACAAAGAGCCUCCAGUUAAUGUUUGGGAUUUGCAUUUAAAUGAUCCAGAGUGCCGUGGCGUUAAGGUUGGAGAUGACUACGUUUUCAGCAUAAAGACAAAUCUCUCCGACUGUGGGACUAUAAUGGCCUCAGACGAUACACACAUCAUGUUCAUUAACACUAUACACAACAACGAUUCAGAUAUUAUAACCAGAAACUAUAUCAACAUAACAUUUGUAUGCCGCUACCCCAUCAACUACAUGGUCCAACAACCAAAUGGUGAAAACAUGAUUAGAGUUGAUGUCAGAACUAUCACUCUGAACACAGAGGAUGGGAACUUCUCAGUGUCGAUGUUGUUGUACAAAGAUGAAGCCUUUGAGGACAGGUGGACCACUGUGCCGUCACUGACACUGGAUGAUGACAUCUUUGUGAAAGUUUUCAUGAUACCGGCUCACCUGAUGCUGCGUGUAGAGAGAUGCUGGGCGACACCAACCAGCGAUCCAUACAGCAAUAUUCAGUACACCUUCAUCAGAGACAGCUGCCCGGUGUUGUCAAAUGAACAGACCCUGAGUGUGCUGAAGAACGGCCAGGGUCCAGAGGCCAUGUUCAGGAUACAAAUGUUCAAGUUUGUCGGCGGCUCUUACACCAACGUCUUCCUCCAUUGCAACGUCCAGAUCUGCCACAACACCCCGGGGCUGUGCCAGCCUAACUGCUCCAGUGAAGAUGGGUUAAUGAGGACACGGAGAGACAUCCCUCUGUCCCAUACAGUGUCUUAUGGACCAAUCAGACGACUACUAAAUGAUAGUGAAAAGCCCAAUCUGAAUGCAGGCGGGGUCCCUCCUGUGGAGACCUUUGUCCUCGGAGGGUUGCUGGUCGUCUUGCUGCUGAUCACAGGAGUGUUCGGGAGGCUGUGGCUUCGCUCAAGACGUUUCUACCCAGCGCGGGAGGCGCAGCUCACCCUGUCCAACAUCCACCACAUCUCAGAAGUGGCCUCAUGAAUCAGGGGAUCGGGGACCUCUCUGAGUGAAGAAAUGGACAUAUAAACGUGUACAAAUACAAACACACACAUACAGGUGUGAUUUAUGAUAAGAAGUCUUGCAUAUGUUUCUCUUCAUAUAAUGAAUUUCUUAUACUGUAAGAAAUCGACUUAAUAAAGGUCUCCCUCGAG